GAUAGCAGCGACUUCAUGGUUACACCUGGAAACGACACUUUUUUGAGCCAGAUUAUGCUUUUUCUAAUAUGGACAGGCGUACUCAUCGCAGUUAUUUACAUUUAUCUUCGACGAGCCCAUUCCAGAUUCACACCGUACGAUGUUAAGCAAUUACCAACUUUGCCAUUCAUUGGCAAUGUACUACCGCUGAUUUUGCGCAAGAUGCACUUUGUAGAGGAUUUGUCACGUUAUUAUGACAGCUUUCCUGAAGAACGGUUCAUUGGAAAAUAUGAAUUUACAAAUCCCGUCAUAAUUGUGCGUGAUUUGGAACUUAUUAAAAAGAUUACAAUUAAAGAUUUCGAGUAUUUUCUUGAUCAUCGAGCGUUUACAGAUGAGACGGUGGAGCCCAUAUUUGCAAGAAACCUUUUUUCAUUGCGAGGUGAUGAAUGGAAAGACAUGAGAUCAACUUUGAGUCCAGCUUUUACUAGCUCAAAGAUUCGAGUGAUGGUACCUUUUAUGGAGGAGGUAGGAAACCAGAUGAUGGCCAUCUUGAAGAAGCAAAUCAACGCGAAUGGAGGUCAACCAGUAGAAGUAGACUGCAGGGACCUAACUCGCCGUUACGCGAAUGACGUCAUAGCUACAUGUGCUUUUGGCCUCAAAGUGGAUUCUCACGCAGAUGGCGACACUAAAUUUUUUGAAAUGGGAAGAAAUGCUGCUGAAUUCAAAAUGCGACAAAUCAUUAUGUUUUUUGCAUAUAGUGCGUUUCCUACAUUUGUUAAGUGGAUGAAAAUGACACUAUUUUCUAAAGAAACAACGUCAUUCUUCAGAAGUUUAGUAAUCGAUACUAUGAGAAACAGGGAAGCUCACAAUAUACUACGACCUGACAUGAUACAUCUUCUGAUGGAGGCCAAAAAAGGGCAUUUAAAUCACGAUGAAAACUCUAAGGAACGUGAUGCAGGUUUUGCAACUGUAGAGGAAUCUGCUGUAGGAAAGAAACAUAUUAAUCGAACCUGGUCAGACAAUGAUCUGAUUGCUCAAGCUGUUCUGUUCUUUAUCGCUGGCUUCGAAACUGUAUCAUCUGCAAUGUCAUUCGCUAUACGAGAGUUGGCGCUGCACAAAGAUAUACAAGAUCGGUUGGCUAAGGAUAUAAGAGAAGAUUUUAAUAAAAAUAAUGGCAAGAUAGAUUACACGUCGAUUCAGAACCUACCUUACCUGGAUAAUGUUAUUUCAGAGGUGCUCAGAUUAUGGACUCCCGGCUUUCAAUUGGACAGAAUCUGUACAAAACCAUAUAACUUGGGGAAACCGAACAAAAAUGCCCAAAAAGACUACAUCCUUCAAAAGGGUGAUCAGUUAAUAAUACCAGUGUGGUGUAUCCAUCGGAAUCCGGAGUACUUCCCUGACCCAGAGAAAUUUGAUCCAGAGCGAUUCGCUGAUGACAAGAAGGAUCUCAUCAAACCGAUGACCUAUAUGCCAUUUGGUCUUGGUCCUAGAAAUUGUAUUGGUUCCCGUUUUGCGCUGUUGGAGCUGAAAAUGUUAAUCUAUCAGAUUAUUCUGCAUAUGGAAGUUCUACCUUCGGAAAGAACUGUUUUGGAGACAGUUUUUUCAAAGAAUACAUUUAACCUCAAUCUUGAGGGAGGCUUUUUGCUGAAUUUUAACAUUCGGGAGUCAACAAUUAUGCUUCUCCUUAUAUGGGCCGGGGUGCUCAUCGCAGUAAUAUAUAUUUAUCUUCGACGAAUCUAUUCGAGAUUCACAUCAUACGAUGUUAAGCAAUUACGACCGUUGCCCCUCAUUGGCAAUGUAUUGCCACUCGUAAUGCGCAAGAUUCACUUCGUAGAAGAUUUGUCACGUUAUUAUGAUAAUUUUCCUGAAGAAAGGUUUGUUGGUAAAUAUGAAUUCACAAAUCCCGUUGUAAUUAUACGUGACUUGGAACUCAUUAAAAAGAUAACUAUUAAAGACUUCGAUUACUUCCUGGAUCAUCGAGGUUUUACAGAUGAGACGGUGGAGCCUAUAUUCGCAAGGAAUCUUUUUUCAUUGAGAGGUGAUGAAUGGAAGGAUAUGAGAUCAACUUUGAGUCCAGCUUUCACCAGCUCAAAGAUACGGGUAAUGGUCCCAUUUAUGGAGGAGGUGGGGAACCAAAUGAUGGCUGUGUUGAAGAAGCAGAUAAUAGCGAAUGGAGGGAAACCAGUUGAAAUAGACUGUAGGGACGUGACUCGCCGCUAUGCAAACGAUGUCAUUGCUACAUGUGCUUUUGGCCUAAAAGUGGAUUCGUAUACCGAUGGUGAUACAAAAUUUUUCGAAAUGGGAAAAAAUGCUGCGCAAUUUAAAAUGAGACAAAUGAUCAUGUUCUUUGCGUAUAGUGCGUUUCCGGUUCUUGUGAAGUGUAUGAAAAUGACUCUAUUUUCUAAAGAAACAACGUCAUUCUUCAGAAGUUUAGUAAUCGAUACUAUGAGAAACAGGGAAGCUCACAAUAUACUGCGACCUGACAUGAUACAUCUUCUGAUGGAAGCCAAGAAAGGGCAACUGAACCACGAUGAAAAAUCUAAAGAGCGUGAUGCUGGCUUCGCAACUGUGGAGGAAUCUGCUGUUGGAAAGAGGCAUAUUAAUCGAUCCUGGUCGGACAACGAUCUUAUAGCUCAAGCAGUCCUUUUCUUCAUCGCCGGUUUUGAAGGUAUAUCUGCCGCUAUGUCUUUCGCGUUACGGGAGUUGGCAUUGCACAAAGAUAUUCAAGACCAGCUAGCUAAGGAUAUAAGAGAAGACUCCAAGAAAAACAAUGGAAAAAUUGACUACACGUCGAUUCAGGAUCUGCCUUACUUAGAUAAGGUUAUUUCGGAGGUGUUAAGAUUAUGGACUCCGGGCUUCCAAUUAGACAGAAUCUGCACCAAACCGUACAAUUUAGGGAGGCCAAAUAAUAAUACCGAAAAGGAAUAUGUUUUACAAAAAGGUGAUCAGAUUAUAAUACCAGUGUGGUGCCUCCAUCGGAAUCCGGAGUUCUUCCCUGAUCCAGAGAAAUUUGACCCAGAACGAUUCGCUGAUGAAAAGAAAGACCUUAUCAAGCCUAUGACGUAUAUGCCUUUUGGGGUUGGGCCCAGAAAUUGUAUCGGAUCACGAUUUGCACUAUUGGAGAUUAAGAUGCUAAUCUAUCAGAUUCUGCUGCACAUGGAAGUUCUGCCAUCAGAGAAAACUGUUUUGAACCCUGUUUUUUCAAAAGAUACAUUUAACCUCAACCUCGAGGGAGGCUUCUGGUUAAACUUUAAGAUUCGAGAGUAAACUAACAUAAGUGAUAAAUACUAACAUAAAUUCAUAAUUACGAUAUCAUAUUCAAAGUGGUGAUGGUGCCGAGAAAAAUUAUAAGCCAUCAUGUCAUACAUAAAAUAAUAAUACUAUGUUUGCAAAAGCCAAAGCUUGACGACAUGUGCCCGGGACAGAAACUAGGCUAACCAGCUGGUUGGUAGUCAGUAGUAGAAGUAGCUACUUCUACUACUGACUACCGCACACCUCAUGGGGCCCCCAAGGAACAUGAAAGUGAGAGGACAUGACGUCUUUGUGAGAGUUUAUUAAUAUCAGUUAUUCUCACUUAGGUAUAUGAUUUUAUAUAUUGGAUUCGUAUUAAAUUUUAUAUUAUGUA